AGAUCGGAACCUCCAGAAGCGGAAUCCUCAGUUUUAAAGCAUAAACAUGAAAACACUUCUAUUUAGUAUGUGAUCUGGAAGACUCUGAAUAUGUAUCAGUUGCUGUCCAAAUUGUACCACAACUACAUCAGGGUGCACCUGUUUGGUAACGUGGAGCAAAGUACCAGCUUUGAGGAGGACACAGGAAAAAUCCGCCACCAUAAAAACAUCCGGGAGGCCGGGGCGCAGCUACAGAAUGAAGCCCUGCCCAUUGAGAAGAGGCUGGAGACCGCCCACAAGCUCGGGGUGCUCGGCUACACAGGUGGCUACGAGGCGGGCAAAAUCGCUGCAGACUUUCUGCCAACGCUGGUGGAUCUGCUGACCCAGAGAAGGGUGGAGCUCAGCGACGAGCACCUGACGCUGCUGCUGGAGGCCCUGAGCACCGCGUGCUACGGACACCUGAGCAACCAGGCGCAGGCACGCUCCCUGGGCCUCGUGUCGGCGCUGCCCGCCAUGCUCACCCCCGCCGCCCCCCACAGCACCAGGGUCAAGAUGUGGGCCUGCUACCUGCUGGACGUGCUCUGCUGCAACUUCGUGCCUGCCCUGCGCACCCUGGAGCGUGAGCCGGGGCUGCAGCCCAGCCUAGAGGCCCUGCAGGCCGAGGACUGGAUGGGGUGGCCGUGGAACUACGCCACCGUUCUAUUGCUGGUUCUGGGCUUCAAGCACAUAGAACCGAUCGUGCGUAAUGGCGAGCCUCGCCUGACACACACAGGAACCGUAGAAUAAUAAGAGAAAAUACAGACACACUGUUUAUAAAAA